UCGUCCGCGCCUGUGCUACGUGUCUCUGUUGUCUGAGGAGGCGCUGGACAGAAGAUGUGUCCAAACCUUGGAAUUGAGCUGAUAACUUCUCAGAAUCUGGGUCUUGGUUUUGUCAGUCUCUGCAGUUUUGAAAAUUUGAUCUGUCCUGUGCAUCAUGGAUCAGGUAAUGCAGUUUGUUGAGCCAAGUCGGCAGUUUGUGAAGGACUCAAUUCGUCUGGUUAAAAGAUGUACCAAACCUGAUAGAAAAGAAUUCCAGAAGAUUGCCAUGGCAACAGCAAUAGGAUUUGCUAUAAUGGGAUUCAUUGGCUUUUUUGUGAAACUGAUCCAUAUCCCUAUUAAUAACAUCAUUGUUGGUGGCUGAGUAUCUUUUAAGAAGAGUAUUUUUCAUCUUGGGGAUUGGUGAACAAGUGAGGAUUUGAGAAGCUCAUGAGUAAAAAUUUGCCUAUAUAUUUUGUGUUUUGCUUUCAUUUUUUUUCUUCCAAGACAUUUUCUAUUUCUAUAUUAAAAGAAUUUGAAAAUAAA